GAAGCGGAAGCGGCCAAGUAAAGCUCUUGUCGCUUCAGUCAGGCGGGCUGUGCUGUGCCUCCCGCGUGCCCGGCCUCGUUCCGCUGCUCCCAGCCGGCCGCCCGGCCCCGCCCCGCCCCGCCUCGCCCCAACCGCGCGCCGGCGGGCAGCGAGCGAGGGGAUCCCGCCCUCCCGCCGCCGCCCGCGCUGCCAGGAGGAGCUGCCGGCCCCUCGACGCUCCGCCCGCCCGCGUCCCUGCUAGGCGGCCGCGAUGUCUGACAAGGAAUUCAUGUGGGCCCUGAAAAAUGGAGACUUGGAUGAGGUGAAGGACUAUGUGGCCAAGGGUGAAGAUGUCAACCGAACACUUGAAGGUGGGAGGAAGCCUCUUCACUAUGCAGCAGACUGUGGACAGCUUGAGAUUGUGGAGUUUCUGCUGUUGAAAGGAGCUGAUAUUAAUGCUCCAGACAAACAUAAUAUCACACCACUCCUAUCAGCAGUCUAUGAAGGCCACGUUUCCUGUGUGAAAUUGCUUCUGUCAAAGGGUGCUGAUAAGACUGUGAAAGGCCCGGAUGGACUAACUGCCUUUGAAGCCACUGACAACCAGGCAAUCAAAACUCUUCUUCAGUGAUGGAUGGACUGAUACUUUAUGCAGUGACAGAAAAAAAAUUAGUGCUCUGUGCAUUUUGAUAUUUGACUUCCUCUUUUCACCAUUGUUAACUGUUCUGACACAGUUGGGUUCUCAUUGUCACGGUUCAUAGACAUCAGAAUGCUAAAUGAUACUGUAUUUUUAAGUUUGUGUUGCAAGAAUGAAUGGAAUAAACUUGAAUUGUGCGAUAUAAGAGUGUAGAGUUUUAUUUCCCUUUCUGAUCCUGUGCUUUAUUAAUCUUUGACUACAACAUUUUAUUUGCCUGGAAGGCAUCUAAGCUCCAUCUCAUGUGUACAGUGAUUAAAAUAUUCAGGUACUUGUAAGACUUAAAUGUGGAGUGAAAAGUGCUUUGAGAACUAAAUAUAAAAGAUGUUUGGAUUUUUUAAUUUGCAUCGAUUUAAAAGAGGUUUUGAUUAAUUCUGUGGCCUUGUAGCCUACUUUUCGUGCUUAAAAUGGUAGUGCAUAAUGUUGGAGAUCUCUUAUUCAUGUUAAAUUCUAAGAUACAGCCCAUAGAUAGAGAGAUGUUCCUCCCAUUAUCUGUGAAGCCUAAAGCCAUUUUUUCUUUCCUUUACUUCCUCAAAGACACUGAAACAGUUAUUUACAGAAAGCACAGCUGAGGUUUAUAUAAAAUAGUAUAGAAAUGUGUGUUCAUUAUUCUUAUUGCACCUUUAUGGUGACUUUGUCAGAAUUUCCUUUUAUAACUUUACUUGUCAGUAGACAUUUAGAUCCAAUUGUUCGAAACAUUUGAUAUGACUUUUUAAAAAAUAUAACUUUUAAAUAAAAAGUACAGGAAGGUAUUUUGUCGAUGUGGGAAAAUAUAAAUAUGGAAAAAAAAAAUUCUAAAGAAACUCAAUUUGUCUGGUUUUCUGUGCUUUGAAAACAUGGGCUCCUAAUGCUGUGUGCACAAGCUUUCAGUCAAGUGUUGGAGAGGAGAAAGACAUGUUCAUCGUAUGUACACCAAAGCAGUUCAAGUAGUAUGAUGGCUGGUGUGCUUCAGUUCCUGUAUUCAUCUUACUGGCUUUUUUUGUUCUUUUAAUGGGCAGCUUUUCUGUACUUGCUAAGAUUCAGUAUGUAGAUUCUUUCACUCAUAUUCCUCAGUGUCUGGCUAACCAAAUUCAUUAAUAUAUGCAAAGACUCUUUAAUAUUUGUCUAUGGCUGAUCUUUUGGAUUUAUCAGCUUCCAAAAGCAAGUUGGCCCAAGAAAGCAGUUCUUUCAGUUGGUUUUCCCAAAUAGAGGUUUUCUUUUUCAUAAACUGACAUUCACCUCAUCGCCAUUAAAGCUGAGAGGUAGGACAGUGUGCCAAAACCACAACAGGCUGUGUCUCAAUUCAUCUGUCAAAUUUAAAGUUCAUUAAAGGAAAACUUUCAGUUGUCUCAAGCUAAGCAUAAAUUUGAAGGAUCCAAACCUAAAAAAAAAAAAAAAAUUUUGACUGCAACAGACUCAAGUUACGUGCAUGUAUAAAAUUAUUUACCUUCAAAACAUGCCUCUAUCUGUGUUUAUUAUUUUCCUCUAGCUCAAAGUAAUUCCUCAGUACAUUCAGAAGAAACUUCAGUUUGUUCAACGAAGUUCUUAUUUCAAAGUAAAAGAAACCAUUUCCUAGUUUGGAUCAACGUGCAAUUAUCUCAAAGCUGUUCACAGGUGGGAAGUCUUGAGAAGUAUGUAACUUUUCAUAGAAAUGAAGUUGUACUUCCUCUUUUUGGAAUACACUUCUAAUGAACAAAUGUAGCCUUUUAUUUAAAGAGCAGUAGCACAUUAUGACACAAAAAAAAAGUGUCCAACCACAUAUUCAUUUUCUUGUUUAUUUUCGGUAGAAAAACAACAGAUGUUUUCCAGGUGACACAAAAUGUCUCCCUUUUGUGGCCAACUUCUCAGUGCAACCAGCAAACCAGAUCAGUAUAUAUAAUAUAUGUAAUAAUUCAGCUUGAUUUCUGUUUAAAGCAGGGAUAUCCCUGGGAGAGUUGUAUGAUGUUCUAGUGUCUCCUAAUUGAGCUUCAUACUGCGGUUCACUAUGGCACAAGGCAGAUGUAAACUUUAGUUAGAGCUAAAAUAAAGACGAAUAUCUGAAUGAGUUGGUUAUUGCCCAAUUCAGUUUCUACAAAGCAGAAGACUGCAGUAUUUAUCUCUUGGCAUGUAGACUUAGGAUAGCCACCAUUGUUAUAGAGUCAGUAAUUUGUCAUAGUGAUCAGCUAUGGCAGCCCUCUAAAAUGAGCAAAUAUAUUCUAGUGUUAGGUUCCAAAAGUCUUUCCCAAAUAUUUUUUUCUUAUUACUUGAAUAUAUUUUAU